AUGAACGCGAGCAACUUCAGCUACUCCAGUAAGGACCUGAAUUCGUCGUAUCAGACAGGCAGCUGGACGGUGUACAAGUUCAUGUAUGAAUAUGUGCUCCCAAUAAUAGUUUUCGUUGGACUUGCCGGAAACCUAACGUCCAUAUACCUGAUACUCUAUGACAAGCAGAUGCGCAAAGUAUCAUCCAGCGUUUUUCUAACGUCCGUGCUGGCGGCGGAUACGGGGAUGCUUAUAAGCCUAUUACUGGUAUGGAUUGAGUCGCUUGGAUACCCUGUAAAUCACAUUCCCGUCGUGUGCCGCAUCAACGUAUAUCUCACUUACGUCUUUGGAUACCUGUCCAUAUGGUAUGUGGUGUGCAUAACAGUUGAGACGUUCAUAACAAUUUGUCACCCAACAAAGAUCAAACAAAUGUGUACGUUGUUCCGAGCACGUGCUGUAGCGUUGGUGUUGCUCGUCAUGGCACUGGUGUUGUAUGUGGUGGCGCCAAUUAUCACCGAGUUGGUCUUCUACGCCGACAUUGUGCUGACCCUGCUCGUUCCGUUCGUUCUCCUCAUCAUUUUGCUGACCUUCAUGACAGUCGCCAUUGUUCGCUCGGUAAAGAGAAAACAGAAAAGAACAAUCAAGAAAACCAACGAGGAUGGCAAUCAGUCUAGCAUAAGAAAACUGCCACAGGUUCGGUCAAUUGCAUUGGCCAUUCUUCAGUACGCAAAGAUUGUCAUAAUAACUGUUUGA